CCGCUCCUGAGCUUGUUGUCUAUCUUGUCAUCUGAUAAAUCUUGAGGGUACCACUGGAACAUAUCCAUGCGUGUAGUAUCCAUACUCCAUCCCAGAAAUGGCACAAACGGGGCGGACUUCGCCGUCAACGAGUCCGGAGAGGUUCUGGUGUUGAAAUAUCAGGGCGAAGCCAUCCUCAGCGAGGUCCCCGAGACAUUUGUAGAUUUAGAAGAGACCUGCCGUGACACGUUCUCUCUCCCUAAAGCCGCCACCCUCAUUUUCGAAACAAGUGACUUGAACAUCUGUCAGGGACAGCCGGUCAAGAUCAUGCGAGGUGCUUGGGCUGCGAUUCGUCUUGUCGUUGGUGCUGUCACUGUCAGCAUCAAAGGUGAUAGACAAAGGGUCCAUGACGAAGGAAGAGUCUCGUUCCUCCCAUUCACUGAAGUUCGCGUUGAAGAGACCGAAUACUCCCAUUCGCUCUCUACCAGCAAGCACGGCAUACCUGCAGGAUCAGCUCGCAAGCCUCAUCCUCGUACAUAUCACGGCACCCCGCAAGAAAACGACGCCGCUCCUAUCCUUCCUCCUACCUCCCCACUGGCUGGCAAAUCCCCCGCCCCCUUGCGUAACACACUUCAACCGCACAGAGGCUUCAAUCCAGACGAUAAUGAUGACGCAGGCGAAGAUGAUGACGACAGAGUGAACGCAACUCUUGAUGAUUUCGAAGACGACGAGGACGAGAACGAGCCUCCAGUUCGGUCUCCAGUCAAAGGUAAAGGUAAAACACCGAUCCAGCGUCAGAUCCUCUCGGAUGACGAAGAGGAGAACGACGAGAAUGAACGGCCUGCGUCGGAUGUUUACGUCGAUAGUAUCUCGUCGGCGAGGAAGCCGAGGGUCUCCGUUGGCCACCGUACUGUCCCGCAACAAGAGACUGUGAAUGACAUUUUCUCUCCGAAGGCGAACAAGACUGCGAGGACACGCGUCCCUUUGACUACAUCUCCGGACUCGGAUGACGAUGGUGGAAGAGGGACUAAAGGCUCGGAGUCGACGGGGGGGAGGGGCAGCUCAGAUACUUAUGAGUUUGUAAUGUCGCCGCGGGAGACGAAGCGAGUAGCGAAGAACGCAGAGGACUUGUUCAUGGAUGAUGGGGAUCUGGAUAAUCAGGAGAAUGCCGGUAGAAAAUCUGCGACGCCUAGACGUACGCCGGUUUCUCAGAAGAAGCCUUCAUCCCGCAUCAACCGUGAAGACGAGCACAUCGCUGCAUCCCUCUUCAAACCUGCAACCUCAAAGUUCAAGCCCGCCCAGACUAGUUCCAGUCAUGCGUCCGAUCGCGACGAUACUUCCCAAGCACCAACAGAGUCCAGCCAAACUACUGUCGUCUCCGGACCUGAAGACAAGCUCCUCAUCACGAUCUCGUAUCCUCCCGGCGAGCAGUCCUCCAAGUUCAAGGUGAAGGGGAAACAUAACGUCGGGAAAGUGCUGCAGAGCGCUUGCAAUGCGUUCGGAUUGGAUUACAAUUCGGCGCAUCUAUAUCUGCAGGACGGUCUCGAAGACGGUGUGGAGAUGACCUAUGAGUGUAAGAAGAGUGAUACGUUGGCCGGGUCCGGAGUUGGACAGGGUGCAGCAUUCAUCAUUGCGCUGGACGACGAUGAGGAGUGA